CCUUUUUUCUCUUCUUUUCUUCACUCUUCCUUUUUCUUUCUCAAGAUUCCCCUGAUCUCUGAUCAAUUGUUGUGUGGCUUCUUGAUCUAACUCCUAUACAACGUUAUCUUUGAGCCCCAAGCUUAUCCCCUCUCUCUCCUUCUCCAACUUUCGAGUUCCCCGCAAUUCACCCCCCCCAAUUCACCAUGGCUACUAACGGGACCAACGGUUCUUCUGCCCACUACCACGCUACCUCGACCGAGGAGGCCAUCCAGGCAGAGCACCACUAUGCCGCUCACAACUACCACCCUUUGCCCGUAGUGUUUGCGCGAGCUCAGGGUACCUCCGUCUGGGAUCCCGAGGGACGUCACUAUCUCGACUUCCUCUCUGCCUACUCUGCCGUGAACCAGGGUCACUGCCACCCCAAGUUGGUCGCCGCACUGGUGGACCAGGCCUCGCGCUUGACCCUGAGCUCCCGUGCAUUCUACAAUGACGUCUUCCCUCGCUUCGCCGAAUUCGUUACCCGCUACUUCGGCUUCGACAUGGUCCUGCCCAUGAACACGGGUGCCGAGGCGGUCGAGACCGGUAUCAAGAUCGCUCGCAAGUGGGGUUACAAGGUCAAGGGUAUCCCUGAGAACAAGGCUCUCGUCCUGAGCGCUGAGAACAACUUCCACGGUCGUACUUUCGCCGCCAUCUCGUUGUCCUCGGAUCCGGAGUCUCGCGAGAACUAUGGCCCCUACCUCCCCGGUAUCGGGUGCACCAUCCCCGGCACCGAGAAGCCCAUCACCUACAAUGACAAGGCCGCCUUGCGCGCAGCCUUCGAGGCGGCCGGCCCCAACCUAGCCGCCUUCCUGGUCGAGCCCAUCCAGGGUGAGGCCGGUAUCGUCGUCCCCGACGAGGGUUACCUGCAGGAGGCUCGCGCCUUGUGUGACAAGCACAAUGUGCUUCUGAUCUGUGACGAGAUCCAGACUGGUAUCGCCCGCACGGGCAAGCUGCUGUGCCACGAGUGGAGCGGAAUUAAGCCGGACCUGGUCCUGUUGGGCAAGGCCAUCUCGGGUGGUAUGUACCCGGUCUCCUGUGUGCUUGGUCGCAAGGACGUCAUGCUCACGAUUGAGCCCGGCACCCACGGUUCGACCUACGGCGGUAACCCCCUCGGCUGUGCCGUUGCCAUCCGUGCUUUGGAGGUUGUCCAGGAGGAGCAGAUGGUUGAGCGUGCCGAGAAGCUCGGCCACAUCUUCCGCAAGGGCUUGGAGGAUCUGAAGAGCCCUCUGAUCGAGACGGUUCGCGGCAAGGGUCUGCUCAAUGCCAUUGUCAUUGACGAGUCCAAGACCAACGGACACUCUGCUUGGGAUCUGUGCAUGUUGAUGAAGACCAAGGGUUUGCUGGCCAAGCCUACUCACCAGAACAUCAUCCGCCUGGCUCCCCCAUUGGUCAUCACCGAGGAGGAGAUCCAGAAGGCUCUGGCCAUCAUCAAUGAGGCCGUGAACGAGCUUCCCACUCUGAAGGGCAAGGCCGAGGCCCAGGUGAUUCCCUCGGAGGAGAAGGAUGUCAAGAUUGGCAUCGAGAACUAGAUCCACUUUGGGGAUCAUGUACUGGACCAUCGGUCCACCCAAACCGCUUCGACCCACGAUCUCCUGGGAACGACGCAUACUGUUCGUGCCCCCACUAAGGCAAGAGCAAAAUACGCGAGCUUAUCCCACCCCCCGAGACACAUCCGUGUCCGGUCGACGGAAUUAUAGACGUGUUUCUAGCUGGCAUGGCUGCCACUACGACUUGACGAUGGAACGGAUCAACAAUCAAAGAACCCGCAUUGCUUCCAGAUUGAAUAUGUAUACCAUAGCUAGCUGCAGCCCCCAAGCUGACAUAGACCAUGCAUUGAUUAGCCCCGCGUGGGCCACAAAACCGUAUGCCGUAUUUAAAAUAACCUUUACAAGUCUUACGUAUCCAUACAAGAGCAUGACUCUUUUUCCAAACUCCGAAUGAACCUGCCAUUCUACUCCUUUUUCAAACUCCGAGCGUACCUGCAAUUUUGGGCGUUAGCUCCGCUCCGAGGGAGGCGGAGAUAGUCCUCGGC